UGAGGCUGCGCGUGGAGUGACGCCAAAAUUCGCGGCUUUUCAUUUCCAUUUCAUUUAAUUUUGGAAUAUUUCUUCUCUUUUGUUCCAUCGUUUUCACAUUUCUUUUUCAUUUUUGAUUCUUUUUUUUUUCUUUUCAAUUUCACAUUCAUUCCGAUCAUAAAACCAAACCCUUUCUUUUCUUUCUCGCAUUUUUUUAAUUUUUUUUCAGAAAAAAAUAAUAAUCUCUGCAAAAUUCUGGUUCUUGAACGGCAAUGGUGAAGGAGACUGAAUUCUACGAUAUAUUAGGUGUCAGCCCUUCUGCUACAGAGUCCGAAAUCAAGAAAGCUUAUUAUAUAAAGGCAAGAAAAGUGCACCCGGAUAAAAACCCAAAUGAUCCUCAAGCAGCUGAGAAAUUUCAGGUGUUGGGAGAGGCUUACCAAGUAUUAAGUGAUGCGAAACAGCGGCAAGCAUAUGAUGUUCAUGGGAAAUCAGGAAUCUCGACUGAGGCAAUUAUCGAUCCUGCAGCGAUAUUUGCAAUGCUUUUUGGUAGUGAACUUUUUGAAGAAUAUAUAGGAAAACUUGCCAUGGCAUCAAUGGCCUCACUGGACAUUUUCACGGAAGGGGAGCAGUUUGAUGCUAAAAAAUUGCAGGAAAAAAUGAGGGCUGUUCAGAAGGAAAGAGAAGAAAAGCUUGCACAAUUAUUGAAAGAUCGACUAAAUCAAUAUGUGCAAGGAAACAAAGAGGAUUUUGCUAAGCAUGCAGAAGCUGAAGUAUCAAGGCUCUCUAGUGCAGCUUAUGGUGUUGAUAUGUUGAAUACAAUUGGUUACAUCUAUUCAAGACAAGCAGCAAAAGAACUUGGGAAGAAAGCAAUAUACUUGGGUGUUCCAUUUGUCGCUGAGUGGUUUAGGGUUAAAGGUCAUUUUAUUAAAUCCCAAGUAACUGCUGCAACAGGUGCAAUUGCUUUGCUUCAGCUGCAGGAGGACAUGAAGAAGCAGCUUAGCGCGGAAGGAAAUUACAGUGAGCAGGAGCUCGAGGAGUAUAUGCAAUCUCACAAGAAGCUGAUGAUUGAUUCAUUAUGGAAGCUUAAUGUAGCCGACAUAGAAGCCACUAUUUCUCAUGUUUGUGAAAUGGUUCUCCAAGAUAAUACUUGCAAGAGGGAAGAGCUUCGAGCACGAGCAAAAGGGUUGAAAACUCUUGGUAAAAUCUUUGAGAGGGUCAAGCCAACAAAUGGAAAUGAAAGUGAUCCUGUGCUAAGCAGUAAUGCUAGAUUGGAUGGAAUUGAACCAAGUCAUAACGGCAAUCCUCCAGAUGGAUCGACAAAGUCCCCAACCAAGAACGACUUGUCUCAUUCUCCGUUCACUUCACAGCCACAGAGCCCGUAUGUGGAGGCCCCUAGCGUCGCUGAUGCUCAAUUUCCAAGGCCAACAGCACCACCUGGUGCACAAAAACAUCCUUGAGAGACACUCGAUUCUUAAGGGUAUAUGAUUGUAUUGUACAGCAUUCAUUUGUACCGAUAUUAUGGGUGCAGCUGCAGCCGGAAAAGGUUAUUUUUACGUAUUUGUGUUUGAGUGAUUUGAAGAGCACGUCCUACCCCGUAGUGAGCAUGCGUUUAACUCCUCUGACCGAUUAGAUUUCUAUUAUAUCGUAUAGAAUGAUAUUGAAUAUUUUCGUAGUCAUAGGCCGACU